AUGGCUAAAAGACCGGAAACCCCUGGAAGCCGAGAAAUGGGACUGUUGACAUUCAGAGAUGUGGCUAUAGAGUUCUCUCUGGUGGAAUGGCAAUGCCUGGAUCGUGCUCAGCAGAAUUUAUAUAGAGAUGUGAUGUUAGAGAACUACAGAAACCUGGUCUCCCUGGGUAUUGCUGUCUCUAAGCCAGACUUGAUCACCCGUCUGGAGCAAAAUAAAGAGCCCUGGAAUAUAAAGAGAAAUGAGAUGUUAGCCAAACACCCAGUUAUGUGUUCUCAUUUCACACAAGAUCUUCAGCCAGAGCAGGGCAUAAAAGAUUCACUCCAAAAAGUAAUACCAAGAACAUAUGAAAAAUGUGGACAUGAGAAUUUACAAUUUAAAAAAUGCUGUAAAAGUGUGGGUGAGUGUGAGGUGCACAAAGGAGGUUAUAAUGAUGUUAAACAAUGUUUGUCAGCUAUCCAAAACAAAACAUUUCAGACUCAUAAAUGUGUCAAAGUCUUUGGCAAAUUUUCAAAUUCCAAUAGACAUAAGACAAGAUAUACUGGAAAGAAACAUUUCAAAUGUAAAAAAUAUGGCAAAUCAUUUUGCAUGCUUUCACACCUAAAUCAACAUCAGAUAAUUCAUACUAGGGAGAAGUCCUACAAAUGUGAAGAAUGUGGCAAAUCCUUUAACCGCUCCUCACACUGUACUACACAUAAAAGAAUUCAUAUUGGAGAGAAACCCUACAGAUGUGAGGAAUGUGGCAAAGCCUUUAGCUGGUCCUCAAGCCUUAGUAGACAUAAGAGAAUUCAUACUGGAGAGAAACCCUACGCAUGUGAAGGAUGUGGCCAAGUCUUUAGCUUAUCCUCAAACCUUACUAGACAUAAGCGAACUCAUACUGGGGAGAAACCCUUCACUUGUGAAGAAUGUGGCAAAGCCUUUAGCUGGUCCUCAACCCUUAAGAAACAUAAAAGAAUUCAUACCGGAGAGAAACCGUACACAUGUAAAGAAUGUGGCCAAGCCUUUAGGCACUCCUCAACACUUACUAACCACAAGAGAAUUCAUACUGGAGAGAGACCCUACAAAUGUGAAGAAUGUGGCAAAGCCUUUAGCUUAUCCUCAACCCUCACUGACCACAAGAGAAUUCAUACUGGAGAGAAACCCUACACAUGUGAAGAAUGUGGCAAAUCCUUUAACUGCUCGUCAACCCUUAAGAAACAUAAGCGAAUUCACACUGGAGAGAAACCCCACAAAUGUGAAUAA